CUCGCGCGCCGUCCUCGCCCUGGCUCCGCCGGCCGGGCCCGGGCCGGGCGGGGGCGCAGGGGGGAGAGCGCCGCGGCCAUUGGGUGCCCGAGUGGGAGCCAGCCAGCCAGCCAGGCCGGGGGUCUCCGCGCAGAUGGCCGGCAGCCGGGGGGGGGGGGGCGCAGCAGCAGCAGCAGCAGCGAGACCCCCGCCCCGCCUCUGCAGCCAGCCGCCCAACAAAGGCCGCGCACGCAGGACCCGCCGCAGCGCCUGGUGAACAGCUGGGGAAGGAGCCUCAAAGCUGAGCAGGUGUGAGCGGGAAAGAUGGCCUCCUCCAAAGCGCCCACAGGUUCUCCACUAGGAGGGGAAUCUGUGCAGGGCACUCCAGAGGCCUCUGCAGAAGGGGACGAAGAUGCUGGGGAGGCGUUUGUGUUUGAGGACAGCGAGGAAGAGGAGGAGCAAGAGUUUCUGCAGGCUGGGUCAAGCGAGCAAUGCCAGAUUCGACUGAGCUCUGCACCCUGGGAAGCACUCCGCAGGACCCUCCCAGGCGUGAGAUCGACUGGCGAUCAGCCUGCAUGACUCCUGGGAGCCCCGGGACCUAAUGGGAGGUAGAGUGGAAGGGCUGCUUCGGAAAGGGAGCCUAGUGGACUCCAGCACCAGCCUUGAUCUCCUGGACUCACAGCCGCAGUCAGAGUUUGUCGUCAGCAAUGGGGACUCUGAGGGAAGGCCAAGUGCCGCCUCUUUACCGCAUCUUUCAGCUUGGAGAAGGCGAAGAGCUUCCAGAUUCAGAGAGAAGUCUGAUUUAUGAGGAUGUCCAUCAAGAGAAAGAGUCGCAGGAGGCCGAGGACCUCGGCUGGAACUCCAGUGAGUUUGAAAGCUACAGCGAGGACUCCGGGGGAGAGGCCAAGCCGGAAGUAGAGACAGCGAAGCCAAAGGUGUCCUUUCAGCCAAAGCUUUCUCCAGACCUGCACAGGCUCAAGGAGAGAUACUCCAGGACUAAGAGGGACUUUCUGGCUUUGAAAGUUGGGGGGAGAGACAUGCAGGAGCUGAAGCACAGAUACGAUUGCAAGAUGACCCAGCUGAUGAAAGCAGCCAAGAGCGGCACCAAGGAUGGGCUAGAGAAGACCAAGAUGGCCGUCAUGCGGAAAGUGACUUUCUUGCACAAGAAAGAAGUCCCAGGGGACGGAGAGCCCAGCCGGGCGGCACCAGAGAUGGGACGCAAGCGCUCUCUCUCCUGGACUGGGGAGCUUUCCAAGGCCCACAAGCCGUGCUCAGAGAGAGGCGACUCGGAAGAGGAAGAGAUGGGGUUCCUGGAGGUCUCUGUCACAGACAUGAAACAGCCGCUUCCCGAACUGGGCCCGAUGCCGGAAGGACUGAGCCCUCAGCAGGUGGUCCGGCGUCAUAUCUUGGGUUCCAUUGUGCAGAGCGAGAGGAGCUACGUGGACUCCUUGAGGCGGAUCCUGCAGGACUACAAAACCCCUCUGAUGGAGAUGGAGCCCAAAGUCCUCAGUGCCCGCAAAUGCCAGGUGGUGUUCUUCCGGGUCAAAGAGAUCCUCCAGUGCCACUCCAUGUUCCAGAUCGCCUUGUCUUCACGUGUCGUGGAAUGGGACUCUACAGAGAAGAUCGGGGACCUCUUUGUGGCCUCAUUUUCCAAAUCGAUGGUACUGGAUGUGUACAGUGAGUACGUCAACAACUUCACUGGCGCCAUGUCAUUGAUCAAGAAAGCCUGCCUCACCAAGCCUGCCUUCCUGGAAUUCCUCAAGAAGCGGCAGAUGGCCAGUCUGGACCGGGUCACUCUGUACGGGCUGAUGGUGAAGCCCAUCCAAAGAUUCCCCCAGUUCAUUCUUCUGCUGCAGGAUAUGCUGAAGAACACCCCAAAAGGUCACCCGGACAGGCUGUCGCUCCAGCUGGCGCUCACUGAACUGGAGACCCUGGCAGAGAAACUGAACGAGCAGAAGCGACUGGCCGACCAGGUGGCUGAGAUUCAGCAGCUGACCAAGAGCGUUAGUGACCGCAGCAGCCUCAACAAGCUGCUGAGUUCCGGCCAGCGCCAGCUGUUGCUUUGCGAGACUCUGACAGAGACCGUUUACGGUGACCGGGGUCAACUCAUCAAAUCAAAGGAGCGCAAGGUGUUCCUGCUGAACGACAUGCUGGUGUGCGCCAAUAUCAAUUUCAAGCCAGUGAACAACAGAGGCCAAUUGGAAAUCAGCAGCCUCGUCCCGCUGGGCCCCAAAUACAUCGUGAAGUGGAAUUCGGCCCUUCCGCAGGUCCAGGUGGUGGAAGUCGGCCAGGAGAGCUGCAGCCACGAGAAGGACAGCGUGGUCGUCCAGAACGUGGGCUCCAAGAAGCACAUGCCGACCAGCCAGUCUUCUCACAACAAAGUCUACCUGGGGCCACCUCGCCUCUUCCAGGAGCUCCAAGAUCUACAAAAGGAUUUGGCCGUCGUCCAGCAGAUCACGCUGCUUAUCAGCACCCUCCAUGGCACGUACCAGAAUCUGAACAUGACCGUGGCGCAGGACUGGUGCUUAGCACUGCAGCGGCUCAUGAGGGUGAAGGAGGAAGAGAUCCAUUCUGCCAACAAGUGCCGCCUCCGUCUCCUGCUCCCUGGGAAGCCAGACAAGUCUGGUCGCCCCAUCAGCGUCAUGGUGGUCUUCAUCACUCCCAACCCCCUCAGCAAGAUAUCCUGGGUGAACCGCCUACACUUGGCCAAGAUUGCCCUUCGGGAAGAAAACCAGCCCGGCUGGCUGUGUCCCGAGGAGGACAAGAAGAGCAAAGCCCCCUUCUGGUGCCCCAUCUUGGUCUGCCGCCUGCCUGCUUUCUCCUCCAAGGCUCUUGACCUGCAGCUGGGAGCGGCCGUGCACAGCCCCGUCCAUUCCUCACUGCUGGGUUUCUCAGCCGUCAGCACUUCUCUGCCGCAAGGCUACCUCUGGGUUGGGGGCGGCCAGGAAGGGGCCGGGGGCCAAGUGGAGAUUUUUUCGCUGAACCGUGCAGUGCCUCGGACGGUGAAGUCCUUCCCCGUGGCCUCCCAGGUCCUCUGCAUGGAGUACAUUCCAGAGAGGAGCGAAGAGGAGAAAGCUGCGGAGUCGCAACCAGCGGAUGACCCACCUGCGCCCCCCCAGCCCGCCCUUUGCCUGGGGCUGCAGGAUGGCAGCAUCUUGGUCUACGGGAGCGUGGACACAGGGACGCAGUGCCUCCUGAACUGCAAAAGCCCUGGGCUCCAGCCGGUUCUCUGCUUGAAACACAGCCCCGACUUCCUUUUCGCUGGCCUGCAGAACGGAACCGUCGCUGCCUACUCUAGAAACAGCGGAGGUUUUUGGGAUGCAGCAGCUGAGCCCGCCUCCUUGGUGGUGGGGCUGGCACCAGUCCGAACUCUGCUCACCUUGGACGAUGCCGUUUGGGCCAGCUGCGGCAACCAAGUCACCGUGUUGGAUGCCGCCACUCUGAAGGCACAGCAGACCUUUGAAGCCCACCCAGAGGAGGAGACCUGCGUCACGCACAUGAUCAAGGCGGGCAGCGGGGUCUGGAUGGCGUUCUCUUCAGGGUCCUCCAUCCGCCUCUUCCAUACUGAGACCUUGGAGCACCUGCAGGAAAUCAACAUCGCAACCCGGACCACCUUCGCCCUGCCUGGCCAGAAGAACGUGCACGUCACCAGCCUGCUGAUCUGCCAGGGCUUGCUGUGGGUGGGCACGGACCAGGGCAUCCUGGUCCUCUUGCCUGUGCCCAGGUUGGAGGGCAUCCCCAAGAUUACUGGAAAAGGCAUGGUUUCCCUCAACGGCCACUGUGGGCCCGUGGCGUUCCUGGCCGUGGCCCUCAGCACGUUGGCUCCAGACAUCUUGAAGAGUGACAAGGAGGAGGAGGAGGAGCCCGUGGCGGAGCCCCCGCCUGCAGAGGACGAGAAGCAGGAUGGCAGAUCUCCAGAGCUGGCGGCACAGGAGAGCCCCCCCACGCGGGAGAGAAGGAAGAAGGGCGUCCUCUUGCAGUACCGCCUCCGGUCCACCUCGCACCUCCCCGGGCAGCUGCUCUCUGUGAGGGAGGCGCCGUCCGCCACCGGCGGGAACGCUUUGGAGCACACGGAGGAAGACGGCUCCGUCUACGAAAUGGCCGACGACCCCGACAUCUGGGUGCGGAGCCGGCCGUGCGCUCGGGACGCCCCCCGCAAGGAGAUCUCUUCCUUGGCUGUCAUCUCUGGCGGGCGAGGCUACCGGAACGUCAACCCAAACGGCAAACUGCCCGCUAACAGUGAAACGGACAGCACACUGCUCAUGUGGCAGGUCCCUUUGAUGCUAUAGCCCCGACCUCCCCCUCCCCCCUCUUUCCCCUCCUUCCCACAAUUCAGUGGAUCCGGCCCUCCCAGAAUAGGGGGUGGGUUUGGCGCUCUGGCCCUCCCAGGGAUCGUUGGGGAAGGUGGCCUGCUCUGCCCAAAGAGGGAGGUGGGCUUUUAUCUUCCCCCACCCCCCACCCCGAGGUGUUCUGAAAGGGCUGGUUUUUCAAAUCCAAGAUCUUGUGUUUGGGUAGCCUUUUUUCCUCCAGUGAGGUUGUGGUUUUAAAAGACUUUCCAGCUGACAUAGGAACUGGUGCACCUCCCUGCCGGAUUUGGAGGCACCAGACAGGUUUCACAAAUGACCUUUCUUUCUUUCUUUCCAGAAAGGGGCAGGAAGAGCAUUUGUGUAUCCAUGUGUGAAUAUAUACAUACGUGCAAAUAUAUAUAUAUAUAACAUAUUAAAAAUUCUGUAUAUUAUUACAUUGUAUAAAUUUUAAAAAAAUCUGUAUAUAUUGGUGCAUCUUUAGAUGCAGAAAUAAAGGCCGUAAAAAGA